AUGGGAAGGGUGACAAAAGUUAGGAAUGGGGGGAAUCCCGGGAUCUCCAAGGUAGGGGUCAUAGCUCGCGAUGAGUAUGGAAGUAUUCUAGCUUUUGGAGCUAAGAGGUUGGUGGAUGGUACGAACAAUGAAGCCGAGUGUCAAGCGGCUUUAGAAGCCAUUCUUUUGGCAAAGAAAUUGGACGUGAAGAAACUCCAUCUUGAGGGGGAUUCCCAGAUUGUGAUGAAUGGGAUUGUUAAGGGUCGGAUGGAGGCUUGGCAUCUUGACAAACACAUCAGAAGGAUGAAUCUCCUUUUGUGCGGGUUUGAUGAUUUUAAGGUUUCGCAUGUUCUCAGGGAAGCAAACAUUGAGGCAGACAAACUCUCGAAUGUUGGAGCUAAUGGUUCUUUGGAUAGCAACUUCAAUUUAUUUGAGGACCUACGGAAUGUGUGUUCUCUUGAGUUUGGUUGA